UAGGCGGUAAUUAUGAGUGGAAAAUGGCGAACUGCGAUUAGUGGCUGAGGGGGUACCUGGGAUUGGAGGGGUACCUGGGAUUGAUGAGACUCGGUGACCAAUGAGAAAGCGGCGAAUGAAUGACCGGGCUCCAGUUAAAGGGGCGUUAGAGGAGGAACUGCCAGUCCACUGAGAAAGAGACCCUCAGAAAUAAACACAGACAAACGAGAGAAAUAAACACACCAAUCGGAACAACAAUCCGAGAUGCACCAAGGACCAGCAUUCCGUGUUAGGAAGAUCUCGUAAAACGAUCCUUAACUCUUCGUAUCUGAAUCGCUGGUGUCUACAGGUUUUGGAAGGAAAAAAGACGCUAAGGGAUCUUUCUACACCUUUUCAUGGGGAUUCUGAGUUUGUAACUUUACCACAUGAAAAUAUAUAGCAGUACGUAAUAGGAGAACGGCUAGGUUGUUUUUCAGCUACAGGACUACCGCUACGAACUUCGCCUGAUGUGGCGUUUUUCGCUUAGGGAAGGCGAGACUCUUCCACAUAAAGGCUAGGGUUUUUUUAAAAAAAACUUUCUUUCCUAGUUCGGAGGCUGCUUUGAAGUUUUGACCUACAAUCCAUACGAACAUUGCUAUAGCAUAUCCAUAUCCAAUUGGCUAUUAGCUCGAAGAACACUUAUCGAUUGACUGAGAGAAUGUUGUUGGACGCUGGUCAUCAGUUCCCGGGAUUGGGAGUUGGCACGUUUGCCAGGCAUCACUCGGCAAGCGAAAUGCAGGACAGAGACUUGAGUUUAGCACAGAAUAGCUUUGUUGAUUCUGCUCAUAUGGGGGCUUUUAAACUUAACCACGACCUCUCUCCUGGACAGAGCUCCGCUUUCACUUCACAGGCUCCGGGUUACCCCGCCGCGGCUUUGGGCGCGCAUGCCGCCCAUGUCACCACGUACGCGAGUUCGCCUUUUAACUCUACAAGGGACUUUCUCUUUCGCAGCCGCGGUUUCGGAGACUCUUCUCCGGCGACCAGCCAGCAUGCUAUUUUCGGUCCCACCGCGGGGUCUCUUCAUCACUCCCAUACGGACACUCAAGGCCACAUACUGUUUCCUGGGAUCCACGACCAGCACGGAACCCACGGCUCUCCAAAUGUUUUGAAUGGACAAAUGCGCCUUGGACUACCGGGGGAGGUUUUUGGGCGAUCGGAUCAAUAUCACCAGGUAUCCAGCCCGAGGACCGACCCUUACUCUGCAGCCCAACUCCACAAUCAGUAUGGUUCUAUGAAUAUGAACAUGGGUAUGAAUAUGGCAGCUCACCACCACCACCCGGGCGCUUUCUUUCGCUAUAUGAGACAGCAGUGCAUUAAACAAGAGCUCAUCUGCAAGUGGAUCGACCCGGAGCAGCUGAGUAACCCGAAGAAGAGUUGCAAUAAAACUUUCAGCACAAUGCACGAGUUAGUCACUCAUGUGUCGGUGGAACACGUCGGAGGACCCGAGCAGAGCAACCAUAUCUGCUUUUGGGAAGAAUGUCCAAGAGAAAGCAAACCGUUCAAAGCUAAAUAUAAAUUGGUCAAUCACAUCCGAGUCCACACGGGAGAGAAGCCGUUUCCUUGUCCAUUCCCUGGAUGUGGCAAGGUUUUCGCUCGGUCGGAGAACUUGAAGAUACACAAGCGAACACAUACAGGUGAAAAACCUUUCCAGUGUGAAUUUGAAGGCUGUGACAGACGUUUUGCAAAUAGCAGUGACCGGAAGAAGCACAUGCAUGUCCACACUUCAGAUAAACCGUAUCUUUGCAAAAUGUGUGACAAGUCCUACACUCACCCCAGCUCUCUAAGAAAGCACAUGAAGGUUCACGAAUCGUCUCCUCAAGGUUCAGACUCUUCGCCAGCAGCGAGUUCAGGCUACGAAUCGUCUACACCGCCCGGCCUUGUUUCCCCAUCGACUGAAACCCAAAGUAACACUAAUCUGUCGCCAGCUUCGGCAGUACACAAUAACAACGGCCAUACCAGCCUCUCGUCCAAUUUCAGUGAAUGGUAUGUGUAGGACAGUCUUCAAAGCCCAGAACAAUUUUGACAGAACUUGAAAAACAUCUUUGUGUACAUAUAAGGGCCGCCUGUACAAAGGAGUCACACAUAAUGGACGCUUUCAUAUUAUGCGAUAAUUGAAAUCAGGAAACUUGUAUUGUGAAUACAAUAAUCGACCGAGGAAAAAGAUCAUUUGGGAAAAUUUCAAUAUAAUGUAAAUAAGGCUAAUGACAGUAAAAAUUACGCUAAUAAAAAUGCCCCUCCUACCCCAUGACUGUAGUGAAUUGUCAAUCUUUGGUGUAUAGAUGUUCCUUCAAUGGUAGCUAUUUCUCUAACUGGACUUUUAAACUAGUGCACAUAUUACAAUAAUAACAGGAAAAUCUUUUGUACUAUGAUGUUGACUAUUGUGAUCCCAUUAUAAAACAACGUGAUUGUAACUAUACAACUAUAUAAACUGGAAACAGUGCCAAAGUUAACAGUUAACUCCAUCAGACACAAUGUUUGCUUGUGAAUGUAUAUUUUCGUUAGCUGGUUUCACUUGUGAUGUUUUGUGCUUUGCAAGUUCAAAUUGUGAAAAACUAUUUGGGAAGAUUGUGGGGAAUCUAAACGUUGUGCCGUUAAUUUUUCUGUAACUACACCCUUUUGUAAAUAUCCGCUACCAUAUUUAUCCAUUUGUAAUUAAAUUAUGGUAUUUACUUGCUACAGAUGAAACAAUAUUUAUAAAGAAUGUUUCUUAACUAUAAAUAUGUACAAUUGUGAGCUAAACAGGAAUUGUUUUUUGAGGUAUAAAACUUGUUUUCUCCAUUUCUUGUGAUACGUUUCAAGAGUUUUACUGCAUACAGAAAUAUAAUAAAAAUGUGUUGCAAGUGUUUAAUUAU